GUGGGAGAAGGUGUGGAGGUACGUGGCCAUAGUGGAUGGGUGAAGGAGGUAGAGGUGGAAGAAGGUGUGAAGGUACUUGGCUAUGGGGGAUGUGUGAAGGAGGUGGAGGCGGAAAAAGGUGUGAAGGUACUUGGCUAUGGCGGAUGNGAAGGUACUUGGCUAUGGGGGAUGUGUGAAGGAGGUGGAGGCGGAAAAAGGUGUGAAGGUACUUGGCUAUGGCGGAUGGGUGAAGGAGGUGGAGGAGGAAGAAGGUGUGAAGGUGAAGGAGGUGAAGGUGGAAAAAACUGUGAAGGGACUUGGCUAUGGUGGAUGGGUGAAGGAGGUGAAGGAGGUGAAGGUGGAAGAAACUGUGAAGGUACUUGGCUAUGGUGGAUGGGUGAAGGAGGUGGAGGUGGAGGAAGGUGUGAAGGUACUUGGCUAUGGUGGAUGGGCGAAGGAGGUGGAGGUGGAAGAAGGUGUGAAGGUACUUGGCUAUGGUGGAUGGACGAAGGAGGUGGAGGUGGAAGAAGGUGUGAAGGUACUUAGCUAUGGUGGAUGGAUGAAGGAGGUGGAGGUGGAAGAAGGUGUGAAGGUGCUUGGCUAUGGUGGAUGGGUGAAAGAGGUGGAGGUGGARRAAGGUSUGAAGGUACUUGACUAUGGUGGAUUGGUGAAGGAGGUGGAAAUGGAGGAAGGUGUGAAGGUACUUGGCUAUGGUGGAUGGGUGAAGGAGGUGGAUGUGGAAGAAGGUGUGAAGGCGGUAGAGGUGGGMGAAGGUGUGAAGGUACAUAGCUGUGGUGGAWGGGUGARGGAGGUGGAGGUGGAGGAAGGUGUGAAGRUACUUUGCUAUGGCGGAUGGGUGAAGGGGGUGGAGGUGGAARAAGGUGUGAAGGUACUCGGYUAUAKUGAAUGGGUGAAGGAGGCGGAGGUGGAAGAAGGUCCGAAGGUACUUGGYUAUGAUGGAUGGGUGAAGGAGGUGAAGGUGGAAGAAGGUGCGAAGGUGCUUGGYUAUGGCGGACCCUAGGCUUCUAGCCCCUACCUCCUUGUGUGGCGUUGACGUCCGAAUUAUCAGAAAAAAUCAGAGUUGCAAAAUACAGACUUGCAGCAGACAUAUAGACUUUGCAAUAUUCAGAUC